AUGACACGAUGCGUGAAGAGGGUUGUGACGACUAUUCUUGACGACGGCGAUGAUGGACGGGCAGUGACAGAGUUGCAGUGUGACCUGCUGGAGUUACGGGACGCGCACGCGAAGCUACGCACGGCCAAUGAAAAAUUACGGCGUGAUAAGGAGCGCCACGAUCGCGAUCGUGACCAGAACAAGCUGCUCGUCACCUCCCUCAAGCGCGCCCAACAGGAUGAUGAUAGAAUAAUAACACAGCUAUUGGAGACAAUAGAGGAUUUAAUGAAGCAAAGUCCAGACCUGUUCCGUACCGAAUCCGGUAUAAAACCUGAAAAGUCUCUCAUGACACCCACACCACCGAGGCGAAACAGAUCAUCAAAGUCCCGAUCUCGGUCAGCGACGCCGGAGAGCGCAGAAGCCAACAGCGCAGUUGAAGCAGCGGCGACUGCAGCACGCUUGCGGCGCCUCACCGACGAGCUACGAGCUUCCCGCAUUGCCGAACGUCAACGCAGGCAACAAGCCAGUGCCAGACGUGCUAUGUCGACAGAGCCACGUGACACACUGUCUGUGACGCCAGCGUCGCGUACGCCUUCCCGAGCUCCCUCGCUCAAGAAGCGUUCCAUUUCACUCGAACAAACUACGAAGGAACAGAGCUUAAUUUGGAAAUCCGUAGAUGAGAGCAGUGUCUCAUCAAUGCAAUCUUUAGAUGGCGAUGAUGGUCGUUUAUUUACAAUGCAACGUGAUACCAGUCUCGAUAGUCGUUUGUCCGGUGGAUCAGCACAGAGCGAUGUCCUACCAGGAGACAAAAAGAAAAAGAAGAGUCUUUUCGGCAAAUUAAAGAAACUUACCAAAUCGCGAUCUAUAGACGACCAAGUGGAUCAUCCAGAGAUCGUUGACUUUAGACCUAUUGGCACCGUUUCCCAGGGUUCAGACUCUGAUAUGAGCGCAGCGGGCAGCAAACGAGACUUGCGCGGACGACUUUCCGAUAUGUUUAGCAGAAAGGGGCAGCUGUCACGGGGGAACAGCAAAGAGCUGAGCCCAGAGCGUCCGGUGAGCGCGAUGUCGACAUCAACGACGAGACCCAUGUCACGCAACGCGAGCGCGGCCACACUAGCGCGAGCCUCACCUGCUAAACCUCUCAAACCGACCGACGCCCCAAGUUCGAGAGCAUCAAGCGCCACGCCCGCGGCCAAGAGGAAAGGAAAAUAACUGAUACUAUUCUUGUUUCACUUUACUAGUGUAUUUAUCCAUUCUUUUGCAAUUUUCCAUAUAGCAUAUCACAAUACAUACAUUACGAUAAUUAUGUAUAACUAUCAACAGAUCUCUCGAAUUUUGGUUGCCGAGAGUAUGAGCGUUUGCCAUUCUUUUCUAAUUUGAACACAUACAUUGGGAAAAAGAAUGAGUAGUUAAUCAUUAUGAGUAUUAUCUAUAUUUCUUCAGAAUACUUUAAUUCUAUUAAUACAGAUCAUAAAUUUAUGAUGAACUCGGCAGCGAAAA